AGUUGCGUGCUCACUGGCAUGCAGAUAAAUGUUGAAACUGCGCUGUGCUCUGACUUGCAUCUAGGAAAAUACCAGAAGACAAUUAGACAUUGCAGCCCGGGUCCUCAGUCGGGAGGUAUGUCCAUAUCAAAUGGAUUCCAGCAGGAUUCCUUGCAUAAAUGGAAAACAGACCACCGAUUCGCAUCGAACACUACUUCCUUUCUGCUAUGAAAGAGUGCAUAUAAUACUAUUCCCAGGGGAUACAGCUUGCAAUGACCUUGCUCGUGUUGCAGAGGCCUGGAUCUGCUGAUAGGUACAUCAUGGUAUGAUGGAGACUGUAGCACAAGUGAAUGCUGGUGGUAGCGUCUGUCAUCUGCUGUCAUACCAAGAGAUAUGGAUAUGGUGGAUGGGUACAGCUGGAUCAUCACUGCAAGGGACAGGCAAGGAUGAUGAAGGAUGGAAAGGUUUUUAGAGUUAUUCAAGAGAACUGCUGGGAUCCGGAAGUACGGAUCAAGGAGAUGGACCUCUCAGGAGUCACAGUCCAAGUCCUUUCCACAGUCCCUGUAAUGUUCAGCUACUGGGCCAAACCUCAGGAUACUUUAGAUCUAUCCCAGAUAUUAAAUAAUGACUUAGCUGCUACAGUAAAAAAGUACCCCAAGAGGUUCGUUGGCUUGGGUACGUUACCUUUGCAAGCUCCAGACCUGGCUGUGAAGGAAAUGCAUCGGUGUGUGAAUGAACUUGGCUUUCCUGGAGUACAAAUAGGAUCUCAUGUCAACAAAUGGGACCUGAAUGCACCAGAACUGUAUGAUGUUUAUGCUGCUGCUGAGCAAUUAAAUUGCUGUCUUUUUGUACAUCCCUGGGACAUGCAACUAGAUGGAAGGAUGUCCAAGUACUGGUUUCCAUGGCUGAUAGGCAUGCCAGCAGAAACAACUAUGGCCAUUUGUUCCAUGAUUAUGGGAGGAAUUUUUGAAAAAUUUCCUAAGCUUAAAGUUUGCUUUGCACAUGGAGGUGGAGCUUUUCCAUACACAGUGGGGCGAAUCUCCCAUGGAUUCAACGUGCGCCCUGAUCUGUGUGCAGUGGAUAAUAAGGUGGAUCCAAGAAAAUACCUUGGUUCAUUUUACACAGACUCUCUUGUCCAUGAUAGUGGUGCACUAAGGCUUCUAGCAAGUGUAAUAGGAGAGGACAAAGUUAUUUUAGGGACAGAUUAUCCUUUUCCACUGGGAGAACUGGAACCUGGAAAACUGAUUGACUCAAUGGAAGAUUUUGACCAUAAACUGAAGGAUAAACUCAAGGCUGGCAAUGCUCUGGAAUUUUUGGGUCUUAGCAGAAAACAAUUUGAAUGACUAUGAAGAUAUUAAAAAGACCAAACUUCAGAUAAAACAUUGACUCCUUAGGGAUACUUCAACUUUGCAUGUGCAAUUGUACUGUGAAAAAUAAAUUUGACAAGUAUG